AUGACUUAUGAUCCAUCAAUGAUUAAAGAUUUUCGCAUUGGUACUGUCAAUGUUCAUGUAUUUAGACAUCCAAAAACGUGUCGAAGUAAUGCACAAGAACUAGCAUCGAUUCUUGAUCCAUUUAAUCUAGACGUUCUCGCCGUAGAAGAAGUUAAAAACGAUUACGAUUGGAAACUUCUGUGUGAUAAUCUAUCAUUAGAGCAUUCUAUAUUUGGAGCAAGUCAUGGAAAUUCGUAUGGCAAUGCCAUCGCCUCUCGUCAUCCAAUUGUUGAGUAUUCUAAUCAAAAAUCAAAAAUAAACGUUGAUGGUGGCUAUCGAGCAAUGCUUCGAUGUUGUUUUGGUGGUUCCCAUCCAUUUGUUCAAAAUCGAAGAUUUGCAGUUACACAUUUAGAUCACUUAAAUGAAGAUGAUCGAUUGAUGCAAAUUAAAGAAUUUUCUCCGCAUAGUCAUAAUAUAAAUGUACUUGUCGGUGAUAUGAAUGCAUUGACACGAAAUGAUUAUUCAGAUAAAUAUUUUCAUGAAAUCGUGACUGGAAAACGCGAAAAAGCUGGAUGGGAAAUGCCCAGAUUCGAACUCACUCAACUAUUAACCGAUACCUGGGGUUUUCAGGAUGCCUUUCGACAUGUAAAUCCGAAAUUAAAAGAUGAACAAGUAGCAACAUGUCCAUAUGGAACUCGUAUCGAUUAUAUCUUUCUUCAUCCAUUGUCUAACGAUGAAUGGUUAUUAAAAGAAUGUUUCAUUAUAGAUACUCAUCAAGCAACGGAUCACCAUGCUAUUGUAGCCACAUUCGAACAUAAAUCGAAAUCUGAAAAUUGUACUGACAAUGACAAAUCAGUCAAGAAUUCUCAUAAAUAG